UAGCUACCAAAUAUAAGAAGAUAAACUCAGAGCACUAACCAAUAAAACCCCUUCUAUCUUAGCCCUAUUUUCACUCUUCUGGAGCCUCCUUCUCUGCUUUCCAAACAUUAAAGAUCAGCUCUUUGAUUCAGUUCUUGCUCAUCAUUUCUUAAAUUCUCGAAACGAACAAGGAAAACAAAUCUGCAUAAGCAGAUCAUGAUCUAAUCCCUUAGUACUACAAUUAUAACAUCAUUAACAUAAACAUUAAAUCAACUUUUAACAAGGUUGAAAGGUGGAUCGGAGGCAUGGGAAGCGGCCACUUCCUUCGGAAGCAUCGGAGGAGAAAGAGAAAGAGCAUGAAGUCCCAGCUUAUGCUUCAUCUUGGUCAGAAACCGACAUGUCUGCCAUGGUUUCUGCUCUCACUCAGGUUAUAGGCACAGUCGAUGAUAAGCCAACCCUGGUGCAAUCAACCCCAUUAGCCAUCCAAGAGUGCGCUGUGAAAGAAGAACCUGAUUCAUCUCAACCGGUUCAAGAUCAAGAGAUUGCAAGAAGAAGGCACUAUAGAGGAGUAAGACAACGACCAUGGGGAAAAUGGGCUGCCGAAAUACGUGACCCAAAAAAAGCAGCUCGGGUUUGGCUUGGCACAUUUGACACAGCUGAGGAUGCAGCCAUGGCAUAUGAUAAAGCAGCUCUAAGGUUUAAAGGCACCAAGGCCAAGCUUAACUUUCCUGAAAGAGUUCAAGGGAAGACCGAGUUUGGCUACCUCAUGGGUACUCAUGGCAAUACAAGUGGCGUCUCUCAUGGGCAAAAUCCUAGCCCAGUUAUUCCUCCUCCUCCUCCUCCUUUACCAUUUAUGUCACAGCAGGAAGCUUUCCCAGGCCUCUAUCAGUAUGCACAACUUCUUUCUAGUACUGAUAUUGAAUUCCCUGGUUACACUUCCAAUCUCUUUAACCAAGAAUCUUUUGGUUCACAAUUUUCAUCAUCUUCACCCUCAUCUACGACCUCAUCACAUCAGCAGCAACAUCAGGAAGAGCAUGGCAAGGACUUUGAUUCUAGUAACCCAAGCGAGUAGUAUAUAUAUAUAUAUAUAUCUAUAUGGUAUGCAAUAUGGUUUAAGACAUAGAUUCAUGUAUUAUCAUCCUUUUUGAGUGCUAAUAUCAUUACUGGCAGCACUUCCCUUCGAUUAUUUCAGUAAAAAGAAAUCUAUCCCGGCCCGCAGAAUCGACCACGAAAUCUGCCACUACAUAAUCAAGAGCUUCUGAGUAUUCUUUUGACAUUUUUGGAAGCUCUAUUCUGAUUUUUUGUAUGGGGAGUACAUGGAUAUAUAUGUAACCCCAAGGACCAUCUUCUACAUUGUAUAAUGAGAGAGUAUUAGAUUUCGGGGGCAACUGUAAUAGAUUGGGUUCAGUUAUUUUUGUUUAUUUUGAAGUAUCAAGAUGUUCAUUAAUUUUGCUUAUAUGAAGCAAAUGAGAUGUAUGUGGACAUCUUAAUUCAAAGUUGAACGAGUGCAUUUUUGUCGUUCUUACUAUGAUAUUAUAAUUUAUAUGAAUGAAUCUAAUGUUUUUUAUUUCA